AUGGAUAACAUUCACAGAUACAACAAGGAGCAAUUCUUCUUUUAUGAACUUCUAAAAGAUAUCCAGGAAGAUAUUCAUUAUAUAAAUGAUAAACCAGGCAAAGUGUACAUAACUUUAACGGAACAUUUAAAUAAUGUGAAUGCUAGAGUACCUGAAAAAUUUAGAGCAGAUGAACUUGUUGACAUGGAAGAAUGUAUAAGAGAUGCAGUGAAAGAUCUGACCGAUCUUGAUCUUAACACUUACCUUUGUACUGGAGUUGUUGUUCUAUCGGAAUAUUUAGAUUCCCCAGAGGAUAUGUUUGAAUAUAUUGGGAAAAAAAAGAGAGGCUUGUAA